GAGGCAUUCCGUAUACGAGUGCAUCGUCUCGUGACGCCCAUUUGAUGGCCCGCCACAGCGUGGCGCCGCCCUUGUGCCGUGCGGCUCGUGCGAGAAGAAUUUGUGGUCUAUCUUGUCAACGCCCGUCUCCUUUCCCGACAGAGUCCUCAAUCAGCCAAGCUGGUAAGAGGGUAAGUGAUUUUAAUCAGCCGGGCUUCACAGUUCCGUCAGCUGUCAACUUGUGGUGUGAUGUGUGUGGGGUGUGUGAGAUGGUCCAUUUGGCUGCCUUUGUUGUGUUUGUGUGUAGAUGACAUUCCCUUGUAUUCUCCUCUGCUGUUUGGUGCGUUCGACUAAAGCACUCAGUACAUGAUGGCCUACCACUUCAGCCACCACACCGCUGGUGAGAAACGAUGGCAGUGCAAUGCAAACGCCCACGUGUCCUCAUGUGCCUCUGCGCAACUCAACAGGGGAGGUGACGUCCUCCCUCUCGUGGGUGUCAAGCCGGGUAUCGAGAAGGAGGACGAGAGGACGACGAAGAAGUGGCAACAGCCGGGUGAGGCGCUGCAGAGGGCGGCACUCUUUUGCUCCCUUGGCCGCGCAAGACAACAGUCAGCACGAAUGGCUGCGUCAUGUGUAAGCUGAUCAGCUUUUGCGCGUGUCUCAGGGCUGUAUGUGCAGAUCUCCGUCGAUCGGCAGGAAUCAGCCAGACGAGUCGGCCGAUCGCCAGAGGCCGAAGAUAGUCGCCACUGUGGGUGUCGUCCACCCCGCUCUGGCAGGAGGCGGACCUCGUCAUGCCCUUAAUCCCCUCCACUCGCCCGCCCCAGCACCAGGAGACAGCAGCCGGCUGUUCGUGCCAGUGUCCUACUGGGGGGAAGGGGAGGAUGGCAUCUACGCCAGCUCCCUGACCCAGUGGGACCUGGCCCAUUGGGAGCGGAAGGGGGCGUGGUGGCUGGUGGCAUGGGAGGCGCCAGAGGCCUCCUGCUGCUGCGUCGAGCUGGGAAGGUCCAUGGUGCGGGGGAUGCGGAAAGCGAAGGCGUGCGUCGAGGCGGCGGCUGAAGAUGUCGGCCGCCGCCUCAAGUCCCUGCUCCAUUGA